AUGACUACUACAUUUACGCUUCCUCCGUCAACGGAAUAUCUCUCACCUGAGGUGGUCGCUGAGGAAACCGUCGAUGCUAUUCUCACCAAUAAGCGGAUAUUGUUGCUUCCUAAAAAGGCAUACUUGCUGUACGCUGCCAAAGGGUGA